GGUGCCACGAUUAGGUCACCAGGAUCAGGAUGAACAUCCGCUGGAUAGCGUCCCGCAGGAAGGACGAGCUGCAGAGCCUAGCUAAGGAGUUUGGACUAGGGGAAACUGGGACUGUAGAGGACCUACGGAACCGGAUCACCGCAUUCAUCGCACGCCCAGGGCACCCCGAAGCCGUGCAAGCAAGGCUGGACGAAUUGGCCACGCACUUUGGGAACAUCCCGAGCCCCAGGGACCACCGGAGUCCAGCCACGUCACCCGGGCCAGAGAGCCGGACGAAGAUUGAAGACAGCAAGGAGGGACCAAAACUGCGGUUAAUCGUACCCGAACUGCCCAGCACGAGCCAAGGAUCCACCCACGGAUACCGCGAGUCAGCAACCGAGACACCGGCCGCUCAGGACGAGCAACCACGACGCAAUGCCCAAGGACCACUCCAAGGAAUCAGACCAGAGGCGUCCAGCAGGAACCACGAGCCAGGACCCACUACCACCGGACCAGUGGCCACGCCUAGCCACCAGACAACCACGGACGGAGAACAGCCACGUCUUCCUCAGGGACAUUGGGUCUCACGCCCCGGAGGGGGUGAGAUUUCAUACUCGUUACUAGCGGACAAACUCCGGAAAUGGGGAGUUACUUUCGACGGCCACGCGGACCCACUAGCGUUCAUCGAAAGGCUCGAGGAGCGAGUGGAAUCAUACGGCGGGAGCCCAGAGCAGUUGCCGCGAGCCAUCUCCGGUCUCCUUACAGAUACUUCCAGCGGCUGGAAGACACCAUACGAAGUCGGGAACAGAAGCCCAAGGAAUCCUUCCGGGAUUACCUUAUCGAGUUGCGUCUGAUGAUGCAGCGAGCCCAGUAUACUCGGGAACAGGAACUCGAGCGGAUCUACGAGAAUCUCCGUCCGGAGUAUCAAAUGUACACGCGCAGACAGGAUUUCCGAUCACUCACAGAAUUGAACCAGCUCGUCUCGGCCUACGAAACCGCGCGGGACCGAGACGCACUCCGUAGCAUCGGGACCACGCAGAACCAUCGAGCCGCCUAUAUCGGCAAUGGAACCAACCCCCAACGAGGCAACACACGCGAGA